AUGGCUUCCACGGACGGCACCACGACGCCUACCAUGCUAGAAAAGGCCCCAGCACCUCUCGAGGCACUGUCCUUGGACAAGAGCUGGGAUCCGACAAAGCUGUCAUGGCAACGCAAGGCACACGUUGUCUUUGCUGGCUUCACUUGCACCUUCAAUGGCAACAUGGGCUCCUCCAUGCCCUCGGGGGCCCUCGACGCCAUCGCCGACGAGUUCCACGUCUCGCAAAAGAUCCAUCUCACCCUCCUCAACUCCCUCUACAUGAUCGGCUACGUGCUCGGGCCCCUCAUCUUCGGACCUCUCAGCGAGUACAUUGGUCGACGGCCCGUCAUGAUCGGCACGUUCCUCGGCUAUCUCGUCUUCACGCUGGCGUGCUCGGCGGCACCAACCUACGGCGCCCUCCUGGCCCUCCGGCUGCUGUGUGGGAUCAACGCGGCGGCGCCAACCACGGUCAUCAGCGGUCUCUAUGCUGAUAUCCUCGACAACCCGUCGCAGCGAGGUUUCGCUCUGUCCACGUACAUGACCGUCACGACCUUCGGGCCCAUGAUAGGGCCCAUCAUCUCCGGCUACUCUUCACCCGUCUCGUGGCGAUGGCCGUUUUGGGCCGCCGGUCUCAUUGCCGCGCCCGGGCUGCCCAUCGUCCUCACCAUCCCCGAGACGUUUGCGCCCGUCCUUUACAACAAGAUGAUCAAGGAGCGUAUCAAGACGGGCGGCGGCGGCCACACGGGGGGUUGCGCGUCGACAGAGUUGCAGCCCUUUAACGUCCGCAAGAUCUUCCUCCGGCCCAUGACGCUGCUCGUCACGGAGCCGAUUCUGUUCUCGACGGCCAUCUACUUGGCCCUCGCCUACUCUGUCUUCUACCUGCUCUUCCAGGCAUAUCCUAUUGUGUAUCAAGACUUUUACGGCUUGGCGCCCGGACCAGCAGCCUUGGCGUACCUACCUGUGGCCCUCGGCGUGGUCCUUUCCAUGGUCGUAUUCUACGUCUUCAACAAUUACUACAACCGGUCAGCCCGCGCAGGCAAAUCCUGGGCGCAGCGCGAGAUCAACAGGAGACUGCCGAUUGCAUGCAUCGCCUCACCUUGGUGCGCUACUCUUUUCUCUCUUCUGACCGUGCCGCUGCUGACCACAGCCAGCAUGACCAUCUCCCUAUUCUGGCUGGGCUGGACGACCUUCAGGACCAUCUCGCCCAUCGUCGUGUCCCUGGGCGGCAUUCUUUGGGGCGUCGGCUUCCAGCUCAUCUUCAUGGGCAUGUCCAACUACCUGACCGACGUCUUCCGCCAGCACUCGGCCUCGGCGCAGGCCGCCAGCAGCAUGACCCGGUCCAUUGGCGCCGUCGUCCUGCCCCUCGCCGCGCCCGCCAUGUACGGCGACCUCGGCCUCCACUGGGCCCCGUCGCUGCUGGCGUUCAUCGCCCUCGCCAUGGGCCUCAUCCCGUUUGCGUUCAUCCGCUACGGCGACGCCCUGGCCAAGAGGAGUCGGUACGCGCAGGCGGUCGAUCUGCCCAAGGAAUAG